AUGGCCGCCAUCGCAUCCCAGUCCUACACUCCCACCGAGGAGGCCGAGAUCCAGCAAUGGCUCACCACCUCGGAACGGCUCAAGUCCCCAAGCGCAGAGUCCUCCUCCAUCCUCGAGGCCCUCAACACCCAUCUCGCCUCGCGCACCACCCUGCUCGGCACGAAGCCCUCCAAGGCCGACCUUGAGAUCUACAACGUCCUCGCCCCCAUCGUCAAGGGCUGGACACCCGAGCAGCGCACCGGUGAGAAGGGACACCCCAACAUCGUGCGCCACGUCGACUUUGUGCAGAACUCGGCCCUGUUUGGCCUGAACGUCUCCGAGGCCGACAAGGUCAAGGUCGACGCCGAGGAGAUCCUCUACGUGAAGCCGCCCGUCGACGUCAAGGCGGAGAAGGAGCGCCUCAAGAAGGAGAAGGCCGCCAAGGCUGCCGCCGAGGCGGGCGGGGAGCAGAAGACCCUCGUGGACCGCACCAAGGAGAAGGCCGCCGAGGUCAAGGACGCCGUGGUCAGCGCCGUCGCGGGCGAGGGCGGCAAGAAGAAGGAGAAGAAGGAGAAGCAGCCCAAGCAGCAGAAGCCCCCGCCCGCGCCCGCCGCGCCCCUGUCCCCCGCGCUGAUCGACCUGCGCGUCGGCCACAUCCUCAAGGCCAUCAAGCACCCGGAGGCCGACUCACUAUAUGUCUCGACCAUCGCCAUGGGCGACCCCGCCGGCACGCCCGACACGGACGAGUACGAGGGCCAGGUCGUGCGGACCGUGUGCUCGGGCCUGAACGGCCUGGUGCCCCUCGAGGAGAUGCAGGGCCGCAAGGUCGUCGUGGUGUGCAACCUGAAGCCCGUCAAGAUGCGCGGCAUCAAGUCAUCCGCCAUGGUGCUCGCCGCCAGCCCCAAGGUCAAGGAGGGCGAGGCCGACGACCACAAGGGCCCCGUCGAGCUGGUCAACCCGCCCGCGGAGGCCAAGGCCGGCGAGCGCGUCUACUUCGACGGCUGGAAGGGCGAGCCCGAGAAGCAGCUCAACCCCAAGAAGAAGGUCUGGGAGACGUUCCAGCCCGGCUUCACCACGACCGACGCCCUCGAGGUCGCGUUUGACGCUGGCGUUGUCGACCAGCUCGAGGGCAAGACCGGUCUUGGUAAGCUGCUUACAGAGGCUGGCGGCGUGUGUACAGUCAAGAGUCUGCAGAGCGCGACUGUCCGAUAA